UAAAUGUGAGGAAAACACUAAAUAUCGACCAUUUAAAUAGCCUACAAGCUUUGAAAACGACUCAGAUAACAAGAGAAACACGCCCUGGCAAUAGACAUUAGAAUGAACUCCAUUGCAAUUGUGAUGACGUUGGCACUAGCAGUUUUGUCUCAGGCAGAGUUUUCGCCAGAACAGCAAAUGAUAAUGGAUGCAUUCAUUGGAAAAUGUUCUGAAGAAUCCGAUAAGCAGUUAGACGGUGAUAUAUUAGUACUAUAUAAAUACAAUGGAACCUAUUUCCCGGACGAUGAAAGCUCUAAGAAAUUUGUCGCUUGUACUCUAAUGGAGAUCGAUGCGUUGGUUGAUGGUGAAAUUCAACAGGAAAACUAUAUCAACUUUCUUUCCGAGGGUCACGACUUCCCGUCCCUAGCAGGCAUUACCGAUAUAUGCGCCAGAGUAGACGGAGAUACCAACGUCGAUAAAGGGUACAACUUUUACAAGUGUGUCUGGGCUGCCAAGGACUUUGACCUGUAACAAAUGAAUGAAAGCAGAUCUGUGAUGAAAGAAAAUACUUGGUAUAAAAAUGACGCGCUCAUCAAAACACGUAAAAAAUGUUCUUUUUGAUUAUUAUAUUAAUAUCAUCUUGUUUCUCACAGUGUCUUGAAAAACAUGUAUAAGCAUUCACGCAGAGAAAUAGAACACAUUAAGUUCUAAUAUAUUAAGUCUUUAAAUCAACUUCAAACAUUUGUACGAAUCAAAUGAAACUCUCUUUGAAUUAAACUUAGUGUGACAAAGCAUAUAAGAUUUAAAUAUAUUAAGAUAUGGAAUUAAA